AUGUAUGAUCUUCAGGUAUUCUUAUUAUUUGGUGUUACAAGAAUUAAAAGUCAAAGCACUGAAGUUAAACAAUGUUUUUUUAGACUGCCAACUAGAAAUCAAAUUCUUAUAUUUUGUGAUGGAGCUUGUAAAGGCAAUCCAGGGAAAGCAGGGUUUGGUUUUAUAGCAAGAAGUGCAAAUGGUGGUUGUGUUGGAGAUGCUUCAUGUGGUAUUGGCAUAACAACUAAUUAUCUGGCUGAAGUUAUGGCAUUGAAAGUUGCAGGAGAAUGGGCUGUGAAACAAAAGUUACUUGAUGUAUGUUUUAGCCUGGAUUCAAAAGCAGUCUUGGAAGCAUUUAAUAGUGGCAGAAUCCCUUGGAUGGUGGAGAAUAGAUGGAGGAAUAUUGUCCAAAGUAUCCCCUCAAUCAGUUUUAGACACUCUUACAGAUAA